CCCCCCGCAGACGUUCUUGAAAACAAAACAUGAUGUUCGUCAAGACGCUCGUCCUCGCCGCCCUCCUCGGCGCCGCCGCCGCGCAGAGCAGCUCGGCCGCCGUGCCCACGAGCACCGCCGGCAUCGACCCCUGCAUCCUCUCCUGCCUCCAGAGCGCCGUCUCCGCUAACACCUGCUCCAGCGCCACGGACCUCGCCUGCGUGUGCUCGUCCACCGCGUUCCAGGAGGCGGCCGCCGAGUGCCUCGCGAGCAAGUGCACCACGGCCGAGCAGCAGGCCGCCCUCGCCCUCCAGUCAGCAGAGUGCGCCGCCGCGUCCUCAUCCUCCGCGACCUCUGCUGCGUCGUCGGGCGCAUCCUCGGCGUCGUCGGGCGCGUCCUCCGGUGCCGCAUCCACAUCCGCCUCCACCACACCGACGACGAGCAAGAGCGCCGGCGCGGCGGUGCGUCUGGAGCGCGGCGCCGUCGUGGGCGUGCUCGUCGCGCUUGCGGGCGUCGGCGCCGGCGCGGCGCUGGUGCUGUGAGCGGCAGCCGCGCUGGCGAUGUCGAUGAGGGCGGAUGUGACUCGAGAGAGGCUGUGCGCGCAGGACAGCAGCGAUGCAGAUGCAGACGGAGAGGGAGGCGGAGAUCAAUUUUAAUAUCAAUAUGUGGACGUGGACGUGGAUGUGGAUAUGAAAACGGACGUGGGCCUGGACGUGGAUGGCGGGCGCGGGUGCAUCAUUGCUGUAUGUCUGUGUGUAUACCAGCUGCCCUGUACCGGCAUGUGAUAUGUGAGGCCUUCGGGAUGCAGGAUC